AUGUUUAGGCAUGUGAAAGGUGUGGAAAAAGGAAAGGGUAUGAUUUUUUUCUUAACUUGUCUCGAGUUCAAAACUCCCGGUGGCUUGCCCAUUGAGGCCGCAUCGAGCAAAUUCUUAAAGAGCGACUAUUUCAAGAAUCGACCAAAAAAUUGGUAUUACUCUUACACCAGCCCGAAUGAAGUUAUGUCAGGCAGUGACAUCAAGCAAAAUCUUUAUUGCCAUUUGCUAUGCGGUCUUGUCCAAAGAGAUGAGGUCGUGAGAAUCGGUUCCACAUUCGCUUCAGGUUUGGUCCGAGCAAUAAAAGUUCUUGAAGAUUCUUGGAAGGACUUGUGUUCGGAUAUCCGAUCAGGUCAUCUCAGCGAGUGCAUCACCGAUUCAGGUUGUCGAAACUCCGUGUCUAUCGUCCUUGGAGGUCAGCCACGUCCCGAAUUAUCAGACGAGAUUCAAAAGUUCUGCUGCCAAAAGUCUUGGAAAGGUAUAAUCACAAUGCUAUGGCCACAAACCAAAUGCAUUGAAGCUAUUGUUACAGGUUCAAUGGCAAAAUAUGUUCCUACAUUGAACUAUUACUGCAACGACUUGCCUCUCAUUUCAACAACUUACGCGUCUUCCGAGACAAUCUUCGGUGUUAAUGUCAAUCCUCUAUGUAAACCUGAAGACGUUUCUUACACGUUCAUGCCCAACUUAUCUUACUUUGAGUUCAUACCAAUGGAGGGAGAAAAUGGUGACAUUGUAGACCUCACCGAUGUCAAACUCGGGUGUUCUUACGAAUUCUUGGUCACAAAUUUAUGGGGUUUGUAUAGAAUGAAAAUCGGCGAUGUUGUACAGGUAACUGGAUUCCACAACAAGGCACCUCAAUUUAGGUUUCUAAGAAAAGAGGGAGUGGUGUUAAACAUCCAUACGGACCGGACAAACGAAGAAGACUUGUAUAAGGCGUUGAAUCGAGCAAAGCUGGUUCUUGACGCAUCAGAUCUAAGGCUUAUAGAUUUCACAUGCUAUGCUGAUAUCUCCACUAGUCCAGGUCACUACGUGAUUUAUUGGGAAGUAAAAGCUAAAAACCAUGACAUUAAAGACCUCGAGUUUGACGAACAGACAUUCUUGGAAUGUUGUUUGGUAAUGGAGGAUUCACUUGACGAUGAAUACAAGGAGUGUCGGUUAUACAGAUCUGUCGGCCCGCUCGAGAUAAGAGUAGUGAAUGAUGGUUCGUUUGAUUCUCUAAUGGACUUGUACAUCUCAAAGGGUGGUGCGGUUACUCAAUACAAGACUCCUACAUGCAUCACAUCUGAAAAAGGCUUACAAGUAUUGGAGAAAAAUGUGGUUGCUAGAUUCUCCAAUACUCAUUAA